AGAAGAAGACGCAGGGCCGGUUGUUGCUGUUAGCAAUGGAGCUGCCUGUUAGCGCAGUGAUGCUUCUGUUUAUUAGACGAUCUUUGGGUUUAGCUGUGACCGUGUCAACAAUAUUUAGGACAUAACGAACAAACAGCCGCUGACAUACUUAUUAAUUUAACGGACCGGUGUGUCUGACUUUACGCUCUGCUUAGUAGGGCCACCUGCAACAGCAGCAUCAUCAGAACAUGACAUGCUGGUGACAGAGAAAUAAAUCCAUCUGAUGGAAGCCCAGAGGAGGAGCUCUGGGGAUGACAGCAGUGGACAACGAGGUCUUCUUCACACAUGGAAGGGCUACUCUUGCAGUGUCACUCCAGAGAGGUUGUUUCUGCCUCAGCCUGUAUGUCAGGUUUCCCUCGGCAGUCGGCAUGGACUUCUUCUUGUUGAAGGAGGACAAGUGUACAGCUUUGGAGAGUUACCAUGGAAACAAAGUCAAGUACUCAAGGUGGAGAAACCCAUCCUGGAGAGUGUACUGAGCGGCCAACAGGUGGUCACUGUGGCAGCUGGAAGCUUCUAUAAUGGAGCAGUGACUGUGGAUGGUGGGAUCCACAUGUGGGGGGACAAUGGUGCAGGGCAGUGUGGUCUGUCAGGCCUCAGUACCAUCCCCAACCCAACUCCAGUCACUUUGGUGGAGCCCAAUACCAGCCCUCCACAGAGAGUCCCGGUUUUGGAGCUUGCCUGUGGGGAACACCACACCCUCGCACUUUCUGUAAAGCGGGAGGUUUGGGCCUGGGGCAGUGGUUGCCAGCUUGGACUUAAUGUCACAAGCUUUCCCAUCUCUAAGCCACAAAAAGUUGAACACUUGGCUGGCAGGUAUGUUCUUCAGCUGUCCUGCGGAGCUUCGCAUAGCCUGGCACUGGUGCGAUGUCUCGGUCCUCAGGAUGUCCACCAGCCCCCAGCAGACAAAUGUGGACAGUGUAACCAGCUGCUCUAUACAAUGACAGAUAAAGAGGACCAUGUCAUAAUUUCUGACAAUCACUACUGCCCCUUUGGUGUGGAGCUGACUGAAGACGAUGGCAAGAUGGAAGUCCCUGCCCCUACUCAGUGUCUAGCAACAUCACCAUCAGAGCCACCUCUCUCAUCCAAUCUCUCCACUGCAGCUGUCUCAGCACCAUCCACAGUAGACUCCACACCAAAAGAUGGUGAUCCAUCGUCUGAACCUACUUGCUCCCAGAGCAUGGAGAAAGAGGAGUCUUCCUUGGCUAAUAGUGAUCUAACUGCCACAGAUUCUGACCUCUCAGUUCAGUCCAGAAGUAGUUGCAGUACAGUUGCUGGGGUCAGAGGUUCACCAUAUCCAGAUGAACGUGCUGUCAAUGACUAUCUGAAAAGACUGACAGACCACACUCAAGCAGUGCAGACAGCUAAAGCUAAGGCUGGAGGACUGCACACUCUGCUGCCCUCAGCAAACACUGUCACCUCCACUGCCUCUACAAAUCCUAGUUCCACACUCAACAGCCUGGUGACCUCCUGCGCAUCAGUCGUGGGUGAGCGUGUCACCUCUACCUAUGAAGCGUUAUCGCUUAAAAAGAUGAUGAGCUUUUAUCUGCCUUCGGGUGGAUCAGGGUCUGAAGGGAUUGUGGGGGGUGUCCCGGCGGUGUGUGAGGGAACCACAGAACGCAUCCGUCAGGAGGACUCCAUGCAUGGCAAGAAGAGCUCCAGCACAGGUGACAUCCGUGAAGAGGAUGUUGAAGGCCCUGGGCGCCGCCUGUCCCUUCCUGGACUCUUCUCACAGGGUAGAUACGCUGUUCACCUCUUAUCCUCCUCUUAUAGUCUGCUGAUGUCUCCACGACUGCUGCGAAAAGCUGGUUAUCCAAAGGUGCGCACCGUUGCCCUCGGCCUGUUGCAAGGGGUGGUUCCUGAGGCCCAGGAGGUGUUUCCCACCCUGCAGACAGAAGUCUGGAGUUGGGGCCAUGGUGGGCACGGACAGCUGGGCCAUGGAGACAACCUGGCCAGAUUGCAGCCGGUGUGCAUCAAGAGCUUGAACAGUCAGGAGGUGGUGCGUGUGGCAGCUGGUGCUCACCAUUCACUCGCUGUGACAGCACAAUCUGAGGUGUUCUCAUGGGGCAGUAACAGCGCUGGUCAGCUUGGACACAUGGAGUCACCGAGCACUGUCCCCCGCAUGGCAAAGCUGUCAGAGGGGAUUCGCGUUUGGGACGUAGCUGCUGGAGAGAGACACACUUUGCUGCUUGCUGACGGAGACUGCAUCCAGCCAAUCAUAUAUUACAGUGGAGAGCAGGCCAGGAAUGGAGCAGAGGAGAGCGACGCCAAGGAGAGGAGCCAGCAGGAUGAGGAAGAAGAACAGGCCGCCGGCUGCACUCAGCAGCCUGUACUGCUUCCCUUCUGCAUGAAUCUGGGUUAUGUGAGCAGUGUGUUUGCGGGCGGUCAGCAGUGUGUGGCCAUGUCAGACCAAAACGUGAUGGGCUUCAUCGCCAGCCUACAUGAGCUGGCUGCAGCUGAGAGGAAGUUUUACUGUAAGCUGUGUAAUAUCAAGACACAGAUAUUAUGCCCUCUUCUGGAGCUGGAAUCUCUGAGCUCACUUCUCGGACAGGUGACCUUUGGCCUCCUCCAGUCACUGACGAGCCAGUUCAGUCUUCUAUGCCACCUGACUGGGCAGCAUGCUGCCAGCCUCACCACCAACCUUGGACACAGCCGUGAUGUUAAGGGCCUGCUAAUCCUCGACUGGACCAGCAUUUUUCUGGAAGCUUAUCAAGAGUACUGCAGCUGUGUGGGCAAUUUUCAUGUGAUGGGAGGUUUCCAGAUUUUGACUAAGCCCUCACUAGAUGUCUUUGGAAAGAGUCCUGAUUUACUCCAGAAACUGACUGAAAGUAAUGAAGAGAACCCUGUCAUUGCUGACCUUUUGGUGGUGCUCUUCAACCUCCCAUCACACCAUCUCCACGAAUAUGGCCAGGUGUUACUGAAACUGGCUACCUGUUUCGAAGUGAGUUCCAGUAAUUACCAGAAGCUGCAGGACAGCUGUUCCAGGUUUGAAACUUUGGCCCUUCAGCUGAAGAGAAAACAAAAGGAUGCAGAGUACACGGUGCAGUUUUGGAAGAGCUUCCCCGGCAAAAUGACUGAUUCUCUGAGAAAACCAUAUCGUCGACUGAUCUGUGAGAGCAGCAACAAGUCACUGACCCUACAGAAUGCUGGAAGGUUUUCUGUCAACUGGUUCAUCCUCUUCAAUGAUGCUUUAGUGCAUGCACAGUUCUCUACCCACCAUGUCUUCCCACUGGCCACACUGUGGGUGGAACCAGUUCCAGAAGAAAACACAGGCCUAUAUGGCUUGAAGGUGAUGACACCAGAGGAAACCUUUACUUUGCUGGCUUGUUCUUCCAUGGAGAAGGCCAAAUGGCUGCGGUCAAUUAACCAGGCAGUAGACCAGGUCCUGAGCACAGCAAGGCAGGACACAGCAUCAAUUAGCUCUGGGACUGCACAAAAAUUGGAGCCUCCCAUCUCCAGAACUGCCACUUACACGUUUUAUAAAGAUGGCCGCCUCAAAGAUGCAACCUAUGAAGGCCGCUGGUUGGCUGGCAAACCCAAUGGCAGGGGAGUGUUGAAGUGGAGUGAUGGGAGAAUAUACACAGGGAUGUUUAAAAAUGGACUCGAGGAUGGUUUUGGUGAAUAUGUAGCUCCCAAUAAAACGCUGAACAAGAGUGAUCAUUAUGAAGGCCACUGGAAAGAAGGAAAGAUGCAUGGUCGGGGGAUGUACAGGUAUGCUAGUGGUGAGGUGUAUGAGGGAUCCUUCCAGGAUGGAGUGCGACACGGCCACGGCAUGUUGCGCAGUGGCAAGCUGAACACCUCAUCCCCCAGCGUCUUCAUUGGCCAGUGGCUCAAUGACAAGAAGACUGGCUAUGGGGUCUUUGACGAUAUUACAAAAGGGGAGAAGUACAUGGGGAUGUGGCAGGACCACUUGCGGCAGGGCACAGGGGUUGUCGUCACCCAGUUUGGCCUUUACUACGAAGGAGCUUUCAAAGACAAUAAGAUGAUGGGCACUGGGGUCCUGCUGUCAGAGGAUGAUACAAUGUACGAGGGGGAAUUCUGUGAUGACUGGACCCUCAACGGGAAGGGGGUGCUGACCAUGCCGAAUGGAGACUACCUGGAGGGCGCAUUCAGCGGCGAGUGGGGCGCUGGCCUCAAAGUGACAGGUUCCUACUACAAACCACACCUCUUUGACACAGACAAGGACAAAAGCCAUACUGUGAAGCUGGGGCGUCUGUGUGUGUGCGCAGACAAUAAGUGGCAGGCAGUUUUUGACGAGUGCUGGAGUGAGCUGGGCUGCAGUGGAGUGGGUCAAGGAGAGCACUGGAAAGCUUGGGAGAACAUUGCUGUUGCUCUCACCACCAGCCGGCGACACAUCCAGGACAGCAGAACCCUCGAGAGUCUGGAGGUCAUCCCACAGCAUACUAGACCCAUUACCAUUGAGAGAUACCACACCAUCCGCCUCUACCUCAUCAAGGCAUGUGACACCUCCCUCCACCCACUGGGGCGCCUGGUGGAAUCCCUUGUGGCUGUGUACAGAAUGACGUAUGUGGGAGUCGGUGCGAACCGUCGACUUCUGCCUCAGGCUGUGAACGAGAUCAAGUCUUACCUCAGCCGCAUCUUCCAAAUUGUUAGGUUUCUGUUUCCUGAUCUACCAGAAGAGGGAGGGCUGAUUCCGGAGCCUUCCUCAAACCUGCCAGCUAAGAACGAGGUUAGAUCCACAGAUAUGCUGAUGGAGUCACCCAAACCUUGCUGUGUGGUGAGCAGCUUGGCCCUACUGCUCCCUGUGCUCCUGCCUCGCCUCUACCCGCCUCUCUUCACCCUCUAUGCUUUGGAAAAGGAGCGAGAGGAUGACAUCUACUGGGAGUGUGUCAUUCGACUCAACAAGCAGGCUGACCUGGCCCUGCUCGCCUUCCUGGGUGUCCAGCAAAAGUUUUGGCCUCAUCCAGUCCCCGUAUCUGCACCAGCAUUGGCAGAACACCCGCAGAUCCUGUCCUGCGCCAAAGAUGCCUGCUUUGCUUCUGCAGUGGAAACACUACAGCAGAUCAGCACAACGUUUACCCCUUCAGACAAGCUCCAUGUGAUCCAGCUGACAUUUGAGGAGAUCACUCAGGAAGUGCAGUCUCUGAUGAAGCAGGACUUCCUGUGGUCCAUGGACGACCUCUUCCCUGUUUUCCUUUACGUGGUUUUGCGAGCUCGAAUCAGGAAUCUAGGGUCAGAGGUCAGUCUCAUCGAGGACCUGAUGGACCCAUGCAUUCAGAAUGGCGAGCAGGGAAUCAUGUUUACAACUCUGAAGGCUUGUUACUAUCAGAUCCAGCAUGAGAACAUCACUUAGAGCCUCUUUCUCAGUGGUCUGCACCUUCCUGCCCCCUUCACCAUCCCACAGCCAGUCCCAGGGCCAGCUUCUGCAAGGCUUUGACAUGAUGGAUGUUCACAACAGCCAAUGAGAGAAGGAGCAGGAUCACACAAGCAGGUUGCCAAAUAACCGGUAGCUCUAUCUGCUGCUGCUGUUGAGACGGGGCCGCCUUCCCCCAGCGUGACACACAAAACACACACACACACCACGCAGAGCUUUGGAACCCUGCCAGCUAGAUAAAGUUACACACGUGACUUUCUGGAAUUAAACCUUUUCAAAUUGCUCCACUGCAGGAGAAUGGAGCACAUUUGGGGACGUUUGUGGGAGCUGAUCUGAAGGAACCUGAACCAUGAGGAAAUCUUGAUGUGGACAUGAGGAAAAUGAAGGAAUAUCCCAGCAUCACUGGCCUGAUUGAUUUUAUUUGAAGACAGACUCUUCUUGGUGCCAGUGGAAUUGGACUCUCUGUCCUCUUGGCAUCAGUCAGAUUUCCUCUUUGUGAAGAAGCCGUUUGCUGACAUUCCCUCACUGGAAACGUGAUGUUUAGUCAAACAUAUGAUGUUAGCUUCUUUAUUAUUU